AUGGGCCGCAUUCAGGAAGUAGGCUGGGUGACUGCAGGACUGGUGAUUUGGGCUGGCACCUGUUACUACAUUUACAGAUUAACCAAGGGAAGAUCCAAGAAGGUGAGGAGACUACCCAGAAAUGAGUCCAGACUCAAGAAAAAAACUGUGGUUGGGGUACGGAACCAGACUUUGGCCACAGCUGGGGCAGAGAUUAAGACUAAAUCUAAGAUCGAGAUUGGAGCAGAAAUGGGAGCAAGAGAUGGGACUAGAGCUGAAGUAGCCCCAACCACUGCUAGAGCUGGACCGAAAGCCUGCUUCCAGUCCAAGACAAUGACUGAGAUAGAGAACAAGGCAGAAACAGAGUAUCAGCCUGAGGCCAAAGUUAUUGUUGGAACAGUGGUCAAGACAGAGGCCUUGACUCUGAGUAGGAACAAGGCCAAGGUGAGGGAAAUUUCCAAGAAAACAAUAACUCAAAUGAAGGCUGAGUCUGAGAAAAUAGGAAAGAAAGAAGCAGUGGCCCAGACCAAGGCUGAAGCUUGGGCACUAGCUGCUAGAGCAGAGGCGAACAAUGAAGUAAUGACCCAAAUCAAAGCUGAAGCUCCUACAUUGGUUAUAAAAGAAACUGAGAUAAAAAGAGUAAUGGUGGCCAAGAUGGGAGCUGUCAACAAGACUGUUGCUGCUUUUGAGAUCAAUGCAAAAUCUAUGGAAGAUACGGGGACUGUAGCCAAAACUUCAUCUGAGACCAGUCCUGGUGCUGGGGUUUGUGCAAAAGGACAUUCUAAUGUUAAGUCUUCAAUAGUGACAGGAGUGGGCAUGAAGACUUGUGCACAAUCUCAGGCUGUUCACAAGAUCCAGGUUGAGGACAUACCUAGUGCCAGAACUGAAGCCAGGAAGAAUUAUAAAACUACACCUAGGACAGGGUCUGUGGCAGACAUGAAAGCUUCUAUUCAGCCUCCAAAUGUUGCUAAGGCACAGGCUGUGGGCAUGCCUGCAGCAGAGGUUGUUGCAGAGAAUUGCACAAUGAUCAUGUGUAAGACAGACACUGAGACAAAUGUGACAACUCAUAAACAGCCUCAGAUUGUGAUCAAGAAACAGACUGAGGCUAUGUCUGGUGCUGGCAAGGGAAAUACUAAUGUCAUAUCUGAGACAAUUGACAUGAACUUUGCUGUUCAGCCUCAAGCUGUAGCUGGUACUCAGGCUGAGGCCAUGCCUGAUACCAGAGUUAAAACUAGAGGCAAACACAAGGCCACAUCUAAAGCAGGGGCCAGAGUAAAUCUGAGGAACAACAUCCAGUCUGAGACCUUGCCUAAUGUCAGGGUUAAGAGUAGAGACAAUCUUGGUGCUAUGGAAGAAACGGAAAUAGACAUAUUAUCUUGUACACAACCUCUACCUGUGGCCAAUGUCCAGACUGAUGCCUUGUCUGAUGGCAGAAUUGAAGUUGGGGCCAAUAAUAAUUCCAUAUCUAAGGAAGGAUCUGGAGUAGAUAUAAAUGCAAAGCUUCAAGCUACAUCCCCAAACCAAGUUGACACCUUAUCUAGUGCUAAACAUAAACCUAGAGGCAAAGGCAAUGCUAAGUGUAAAGUUAAGGUUGGGUUAGACAUGAAAACCUUGGCACAACUUCCAGCUGGGAACAAAAUCCACACUGAGCCUCCAUUUGAUUCUAAGGUUGAUACCAAAGGAGAUUCUAAUGCUAUUUCUAAGACAGGGGCUAAGACUGAGACCUUGCCUGUUGACAAGAAUAAGUCCACAGGCAAUCCCAAUGCUGUGCCUAAGGUAGAGGCUGGGACAGAUACACGUGACUUGGUGCAACCUCUGAGUGUAGCCAGUACACAAGUUGAAGCCUUGCCUGGUGGCAAGAAUAAGGGCAAAUACAAAUGUAAUUCUAUAUCUAAGGCAGAAACUGGGGCAGAUACAAAGGACUCGGUCCACCUUCAGACUGUAGUUAAUCCUCAAGUAGAAGCCUUGCCUAUUGGCAAAAAUAAGGCCAAGGGCAAACGCAAUGCUGCAUCUAAGACAGAAGUUGGAGCAGAAACAAAAGAUUCUAUCCAGCCUCUGACUGUUGCUGGUACUCAGGUUGAAGCCUUGCCUGAUGGUAGGAAUAAGGCCAAGGUCAAAUGCAAUGCUGUAUCUAAGGCAGAGGCUGUGGCAGAAGCAAGGGUCUCUGCCCACCCUCAAACUGUGGACAAUUCCCAGGUUGAAGCCCUGUCUGGUGGCAAGAAUAAGGCCAAGGGCAAACAUAAUGCUGCAUCUAAAGUGGAAGUUGGGACAGAUACAAAGGAUUCUGCCCAAACUCAGACUGUGAUGAGUACCCAGGUUGAAGUCUUAUCCAGUGGCAAGAAUAAAGCCAAGAACAAUCACAAUGCUACACGUAAGAAAGAGGCUAGGGCAGAUACAGGGGACUUUGCUCAACUUCAGACUGUGGCCAUUUCCCAGGUGGAAGGUGGGCCUUGUGACAAGAAUAAGGCUAAGGAUAAUUCUAAUGCUGUGUUUAAGGCAGAAGUCAACAAAGAUAAAGACUCUGCUCAACCUCUGACUGCAGCCAGUUCUCAAGUUGAAGACUCUACUCACACUAGGGAUAAGAACAGGAGCAAUAUCAGUGCUGCAUCUAAGGCAGAGGCUGGGACAGAUACCGGAGGCUCUGGCCAAUCUCAGACAUCAGCCAUUUCCCAUGCCAAUGACUUGACUGGUGCCAGGAAUAAGGUCAGGGACAAUUCCAAUGUUUCAUCUAAGGUAGGCACAGAAGACUUGGCCCAACCUCAGACUGUGGCCAGUUCCCAAGCUAAGCCCUUGCCUGGUGCAAAGGACAUGACAAUGCUCAGGUUUGGGGCAGAAGGCACAGAAGAUAUUGAUGUCUAUACAGAUCCUGAUGCUGAAGCUAUUCCUGCUUCUGAGAGUGAGGCCCACAAACAGACUCAACCUAAGGUCCAUCACUAUUACUGGGAUGAGAUUGGUGUUGAGGAUUGGAUUGCUGCUGAGCGGUGGAUCAAAUUCAGGUUUCAGGCCAGGGAUGGAUACUGGGAGAAUAGCAUGUCCUGGGCUGGGGAUGAGAAUGAAGGUAAAAAUGAAUCCUGGAGUGGCACCAACAAUAAAGCUGGUACUGGUAUUAAUAGGCUCUGGGAUAUGACUUGUGAUGAGAGGAGCAUCAAGUCAUGGCCUAGGACUGGUGACCAGAUCAGUGAAGUGUCCUGGGUCACUGGGAACAGGGCCAUUGGAGAGUCCUGGUCUGGGACUAAGAACCAACCCAGUAGAGUGUCUUGGACUGGAGGCCAAACCAAUGGAGGACCUUGGGCUGGGCCUGAAGAUCUGCCUGUUGGCAAAUUCAAGUCUAAACUUGAGGAUCAGGCCAAUGGAGGAAGUUCUUGGAUUGGAAGUGAUGAUCAGGUAAGUGGAGGACACAAGUUGGAGCUAGCGGAUCUGUCUAGAGGUAGUUCCUGGCCUGACAUACGGAAUCAUGCCAUUGGAACAUCCUGGAUUGGAACAGAGGAUCAGGCUGGUGACUGUUCUAAAUAUGUAUUUGAGGAUCAAGCUGUUGGAGGAGUGCCCUGGGCUGGUUCUGGGCAUGGGAAUGAGGCUAGUAGGAGGUCUAAGCUGAGACCUGAGGACAAGGCCAGUGAAGGAUGCUGGCCUAGAGCUGAGGACCAAGCUGAUGAAGGUUCCAGGCUGGUGCUUGAGGAUCAAUACAAUGGAUGGAUCUGUCUUUGUUCUGGGAAUCAGGCUAGUAGAUCUUGGAUUGGAACUGGUGAUCAGACUAGUGGAGGACUUGGGCCAGAGCGAGAGGAUCAGUUCAGCAAUGGUUCUUGGACUGGCCCUGGGAUUCAAGUCAGUAGAGGAUCCUGGACUGGAGGAGGUAGCCAGGUUAAUGUAGGAUCCAGGCUGGGAUCAGAUGAUCAGUCUAGAGGUGUGGCCUGGCCUGCCACUGGGACUCAAGUUAGUGAAGACUUCUUGGUUGGGGCUCAGGCUGAUUCUUCUAAACCUGGAUUUGAGGAGCAGGGCUUUGGAAGAGGGUCCUGGGCUAUGUCUAGCCCUGGGAAUGAGGCUAGUGGAGGGUUGAAGUUGGGGCUUGAGGAUCAGGCCAUUGGAAGGUCUUUGUCUGAGGCUAGAGAUCAGUCCAGUGGAGAGUCCUGGGCUUAUCGUGGGGACCAGGCUGGUGGACAGUCAAAUAUAGGACCCUCAGACCAGUUUAAUAGUGAGUGCUGGAUUGAAACAGUGAAUCAGGCUGAUAACUGCUCCAAACUUGGAUUUGAGAAUCGGGCCAGUGGAGAUGGGUCCUGGGCUGUAUCUGGGCCAGUUGUCAGGCCUAAAACUUGGACUCAGGCCAAGGACCAGGCUAGUGGAGAAUCCCAAGCUAUGGCUGAGGUGGAGGCCAGCAAAGAAUCCUGGUUUGAGGCUGGAAAUGAGACUAGUUUAGGAUCCUGGUUCUGGGAUGAGGAAGAGGCUGAUAUUGUGUUUAGCUCUGGAAGUGAGGGUGAAUGUAGAUCAAGGCCUAGGGAAGAGACUAUCAUUAGUUCCAGUUUUGGGGCUGAGGACAAGGUGAGAAAUGGGUCAUGGAAACAAUUUGAUGAUGCCGACUAUAUGGGUUCCUGUGCAGGGGCUGAGGCCAGGAUGGAGUCUUGGUUUUGGAAUGGAAAUGCAACUACUAAAGGGUCUAGUCUUGAGGCUGAGGGAGAGCCUGACCUAGGGUGCUGGACAUCAGCUAGGGAUGCAAAUGAAGGUGAACGAAGUAAAAGGUCCAGCCCUGAUAUUGAAGAGAUUAGUUUAAGGUCCUUGUUUUGGCCUGAGAGUGAGGACAGUACUGAGUUCAGAUCCAAGACUGAGAAGCAUGUCAAAUUUGAGUGUGAGGCUGAGGUUAAAGCUAAGGCUCAAAUCAAGAAUGAGCUCCAGGCUGCUAAUGAAGUCAGUGAAAUUUCUUUGCUUCCUGAUGUGAACAGAAGCCCGGACAAAUCUGUACCUAAGAGUCAAGCCAAUGUAUCAACUGAGUCAAGAGAUACAUAUUCAUCCAUGGUCUCUGGCUCAGGAGUGGGGUCAUGGGCUGGAGCCAUGAUUUGGACAAAAAUGAAGUUUCCAUACCCUAGUGAGUUUUGCUUCCCACCUGAAGAAGAACUCCGAAAGCAGAUCAGGGCUGGAGAGAAGAUUUGGCCCUGGGCCUGCCGUUGUAAGCGGGAAGCUAACAUGGAUUCCCGAGAUCUUGAAAAGCUCAUUGGCAUGAUCGAGAUGUCAGAGGAUCCUUCCAUUCAUGAAAUUGCUAAUAGUGCUCUUUUUAAUAGUUCUAAUGAUUAUCCCACCUCACAAGAGGCUGUUGAUAAUGUGAAAGGAAUAUCGAUUAUUGAAAGCUUGCUCAAUAAUCCUUAUUCCAGUGUUAGGCAGAGGGCUUUAAAUGCACUAAACAAUAUCUCAGAUGCUGCUGAAAAUCAUAGGAAGGUUAAAACGUACAUAAAUCAAGUAUGUGAAGACACUGUCACGUAUCCUGUGAAUUCAAGUGUGCAGCUAGCUGGACUAAGAUUGAUAAAGCACCUGACUAUUACUAGUGAAUACCAGCAUAUGGUUACAAACUAUAUUUCAGAGUUUCUUCAUUUGCUAACUGUAGGAAGUGGAGAAACCAAAGACCAUAUAUUAGAAAUGCUUUUGAAUUUCUCUAAAAAUCCAUCUAUGACAAAAGACUUGCUUAUCGCCAAUGCACCAACAACACUAAUUAACAUUUUCAGCAAAAAAGAGACAAAAGAGACUAUUCUUAAUGCUCUUUCAUUAUUUGAAAAUAUAAAUUACCAUUUAAAGAAAAGAGCAAGAGUAUUUACCAAGGACAAGUUCAGUAAAAAUUCCCUUUACUUCCUAUUCCAGCAACCUAAAGUAUGUGCCAAGAAACUUUGCGCCUUAGCAGCGGAAUAUAAUGAUCCUGAGGUGAAAGAAAAAGUUGAACGUUUAAUAAGAAAACUCUGA